AUGCGGACAGGGCGUAUACUUGUUGCCUUGAUAUUUCUUGGUUUGGUAGAUCCUUUUUAUUCAGCCAAGUGCAAGGCAGCUCCCAAAUCAGUUCAGAAUGUCCACGUUUGCUGUCCAGCACCCAUGCCAAAUUGGGGAGUUUAUAAUAGCGAGUGUAAUAAAUCGGGACCUCAGGCCAGUGUAAGUACUAAAAGUAUAUCCUUGAGUCAAGUUAAUUUACUGGAUUCCCUCGUUAAGUGCCGUUUGGCUUGCAUCUUUAAUGUCAGCUCAGUUCUGCAGGGAAAUCGAUUGAUUCAAGGCAAAGUCCGACCCAUGCUAGAGCGGGCUUUUUCCAAUGAACCCACCAUCGAUGCAUAUGAAACCAACUUCGCCAGAUGUUCUUCGGUGGUGAAGAGCAAAUACCAGGAGCUAUCUCCAUUGAGUCGUCAGAGUGACGCCUGUGACAGACACGCCCUCUUCUAUAGCCUUUGUGCAUAUGCCCGCUUGAUAUUCACCUGUCCGGAUAAAAUGUGGCAACGGAAUAAUAGAAUGUGCCAGGAGGCUAAAAGCUAUGCUAAGAGUUGUCCAUGGCCAGCAUUAAAAAUGUUCAUGAAAAACACAUAA